AAUGCUGGAGAGAGAUGGAGGGAAGUUUUCAAGACGGAGGUCCGACGCCAUUGUGACGUCACGGCUGCCCCUCUUUCUUUAUUCACCGCCGACCGCAGGAACCGCAACAAAUGAAAAUCAACCGAGUAACUUUGAUACGUUAUAACUGUCUAACUUCGGCGUCGGAGAGCGUCUUCUACCAUGCGACCGUGAAGAUCACAGCAUCCUGCAAGAGGUGAGAAAGUUUUAGGAGUGAAGUCGCCGUUCACUAACAAAGACGGUCGGAGAAAGUUACAAGUAGCGUACAUAGUAUAUUGCCUGACCUUAAGAACUGGUUGUAACAUAAAUCUGAUCUUUCAGUAUGCUAAACAUGUGCAUGUAAAGGAUAUGUGCACAUUUAUUGUGCAACGCAUAAAAUGUAGCUAUGUUGGGAAUUCUGGGAAAGACUCAACUGAGCUGAUCGCAUUCGUGUGGUCGUUCAUUAGAAGUGCAUGCAUGCUUAACAAUUACUGGAGAGACAAGCUCUUAUACAUUUGCACCAAACAUCAUAAUAACAGCAUUAAAAUACUCAACUAAGUGACGUCUGACUGCAAAUUAUGCUAUUCAUGCUAUCUGUAGUGAUCUUUAUGUUUGUCAAAUAAAUUACUGUUUGUUAAAUGUGUUGCUUGACACGUGUGCAAUCUUAAAAAUAAAUGCAAAUGCUGUGACACUCAUGUAUUUGUAAACUAGGCAUACUUUCAAGGUAAAAGCUUAUUCAUGUAAGAGCAUCAAGAUUAUCUUAUUUACAGACCCAACUACUUUCAAAAUUCUUCACAGCUCACGUCCUGUAACAAAUAACACAUUGUACAAAUUUUGUCACCAUGUCUGUCCAGUUCUGGAUAUUCUGUACCCUUCAAUAAUGAACGGCACUAAGAAUGGGACAACGGUGGCCAACACCACUAUCGGUCUGUAUGACGGUGGAGCUGUGGUGCUGGAAUCUGUCUCUAUCAUCAUCAUAGCCAUACUGGCAUGUGUGGGAAACCUGGUUAUUGUGUUGACGCUGUAUAAGAAGCCCUACUUACUGACACCCAGCAACAAGUUUGUCUUCAGCCUGACUUUUUCCAAUCUGCUGUUGUCUUUACUAACGCUGCCCUUCGUAGUGGCCAGCUCGGUGCGCAGAGAUUGGAUCUUUGGGGUGGUUUGGUGCAACUUCACCGCACUGCUUCAUCUGCUUGUCAGCUCAUCUAGCAUGCUUACGCUGGGGGCCAUUGCUAUUGACAGGUACUAUGCUGUAUUGUAUCCCAUGAUCUACCCCAUGAAAAUCACGGGAAACCGAGCCGUCGUCGUCAUCGUUUACGUGUGGCUACACUCUCUGGUCGGAUGUCUGCCGCCGCUUUUCGGUUGGUCCGCGUUCGAGUUCGACCGCUUCAAGUGGACCUGUACAGCGGCUUGGCACAAAGAGAUCAGCUACACCGCUUUUUGGGUUACGUGGUGCUGCCUUCUACCGCUGGCGGCAAUGCUGGUCUGCUACGGCGUCAUUUUCCGUGUGGCCCGCAUUAAAGCUCGCAAGGUUUACUGUGGCACCGUAGUGGUGCAGCAGGAGGAGUCCGGUUCUCAGAAGAACGGUCGUAAGAACUCAAAUACCUCCACCUCGUCUAGCGGUAGCCGGAGAAGCCUGGUCUAUUCGGGGAGCCAAUGCAAGGCCUUCGUCACCAUCCUGGUGGUGCUGGGAACGUUUCUGACCACUUGGGGUCCGUAUGUGGUAGUGAUUAGUACUGAAGCACUGUGGGGUAAAGACAGUGUUUCUCCACAGAUGGAGACGUUGGUCUCUUGGCUGUCUUUUACCAGUGCUGUGUGUCAUCCACUUAUUUAUGGACUGUGGAACAAGACUGUCCGAAAGGAGUUGCUGGGUAUGUGCUUCGGCGACCGCUAUUACAGAGAGUCUUUCGUUAUACGACACAGGAACUCGCGUCUGUUUAGCAUCUCGAACCGUAUUACUGAUUUGGGGAUGUCUCCUCACCUGACGGCCAUGUUUGUGGGUGGUGGUCAGCUCAUGGGGCGUAGCAGCAGCACGGGAGACACAGGCUUCAGCUAUACACAGGACUCAGCUACAGAAGUCAUGCUGUUGGACGGCUACACCUCAGAAGCCUCCCACUCAACCCACUGCGCUGCCAGUAAGAGACGAAGUUCUGUCACAUUUGAAGACCAAGUGGAUCAGAUCCCUAAAGGUGAUCCUGCAACCGUCCAGGUGACGGCAGACAUUCACAAGUCUUUGGACAGCUUUGCAUCUUCUCUUGCCAAGGCUAUAGAGGAUGAUGCUAAGAUUCAACUAUUUGGGGAAUGGACUCAAAUUCCCACCAGUCUGUUUAGUGUCCGGAACACACAGAGAGGUCCACGUUACCUGGAUGGACAGAGACUUAGGAUGGAAAGCAUCGAUGAAGGAAUAGUUAAAGAUGAUGAUGAUGAAGAGGAGGAAGACCAGCAACAGGAAAAAAUAGUUGACAGUUCCAUAUAGUUUAUAGACUUAAAGAACCAGGUCGUUGAAUGAUCUGCAUCCUUAAAGGUACAUAAAGUCAUUAAAAGGUCAAAGUGU